CGAAAUUAUCUACAUUCGGCGUUAAAACCACAUGUCUCCUCGUCAUAACGAUAAAUUAUAGUUUUCCAUUAAAAAAUGGUGAAAAGUUUUGUGAAAUCUAUCAAAAGUGCUUAAAAACAAUCAUUUGAAUUGUAAUCAAUUGAAAAUUUGAAUUAAACUUCUAUCGAUUAAGUGAAAAUUCAACAUUUCAAAAUCGUUCUAUUUGCUCAAAGGUAGCAGAAGUCAGUCGUGUAAAGUAUUCAAAAAAAAAAAAACUCGCUCGAGUGUGGUAACCAAAAAAUUGACAUUUCUCCCCACCACCUCACGAAUUUUGUCGUCUGCAAAAUCCGAAAGAGCCAAAAGAAAAACAAACCAACUAUAUAUACCAACGGUGUAUGUUGUGAAUAAUUUAAGUGAGAGUAAUAAAGAAAGAAAGAAGAACGAAGAAGAAGAAUUAGAAGAAUAAAACAACAAUUCCAAUUCGAAUAACAAGGCAACAACAAAAACAAAAUAGCUAUCCUUGUCUUUUUCGAAAUUAAACAGCUAAUUGUGGAUUAGUGUGCGUGUGCAGUGUACAGUGUGCAGAAGUGAAUUUUGACAACUAAACGGUGUGACUGACUGAAUUUUGACAGAUAAAACUAACCUCUAUUUUUUUCUACGUUAAGUGCGUGAGAGCAUCGAAAUUGAAGAAGAAAAAGACGUGAAGUAGGAAAAAUUUUAAGAUUCUCCAAGAAAAUUCAUUAAUUUGGAAAACUAAUCUCAAGAUUUCAUCAAACGUACACAAAAAUAUUUGUGCGAGUGUGAAGGGAUAAACAAAAAUGGCAACCUAAGCUAAGGCCUGCCGCAAAAUGCCAUUACUGCACUGAGUUGCAAACACAACUAAAAAACAAAAAACAACCUUUAACCACUGACUGAUCAGAAAGACAUCUUUUCGUUUAAGUCUGACUGCUAAAAGUCUGGAUUAGAAAACAAAAACACAAAAAGUCAUCUUUAUUUCUUUGAUAAUUUGAUUUAUUAAUUUUUUAAUAAGAUCAAUUGAGUCCUUUUGAUUUACGACACGAAAAUCAAUCAAGACAACAACUUACAUUAUUGGUUGGGCUUUGCGAAGAAAAGUUUGAUUAACUUGAAUUUCUUUUGCUUGUGUCCUAUUUUUUAAAUUUUUUUCUUUAAAUUUUGAGAGAUGUCUGCUAAAGAGGAAAAAUCUCCAACAACUGCUGCACCUGGUGUGUCAGUAGUAGCAGCAGCAGCAGCAGCAACUGCUUCGACAACAUCAUACGCCAAUGUGUUGCAGAAUUUAGAAGCAAAAGUUUCGCCCACUGCUCCGUCGACUGGAGCCGCUGCCAGCGCUUCGGUUACAAGUGCUGCUCACGAUCCGGAUAAUAAGGAGAAUCAACCGGAAUUGAAAACUAUCAAAUCUUGGAGCGAAGAAUGCUCUGCUGAUGUGGAAACCGUAACUCCACUACCGCCGCCACCAUCAUCUACCGUAUCUAAUGUGACUAGUGGCGAGAAACGUUCAGCUAAUCCUGAUAAUACAGAAAACUCAUCGGAAGUUGAUGAUAAUGCCGAUUUUGUUCCGGUAACAUCUCAUGGUCGUAAAGAUCGUAAAAUACGUCGUCGAGAGAAGCAACGUGAUCGUCCAUGGGCUGGAAACAACAAUAGCAAAUCCUCUAAUAACAAAGAUAAUGCUAAUUCGGUAGCUGGGGGAUCAAAAGGUGGCGCUGGUGCGCCUUCUCAUCCCUCUGGCAAACCCGAUGAUGAACGUAAGAAAUUUUCAAGGCGGCCGCGUGAUCGUCGCCCCCAACAACCGAGAGGAGACAAAGCUGCUCAGCAACAAGGAUCUGUGUCUGGUACACCAAAAGAACCAAAGGAAAUUGUUAAGGAUCGCAAAGAUUCGUCGCCUAGUGGAACAAGUGCAAAUGAAAAUAACAGUGGUAAUGAGGCAAAAACCGAUGAUCAAAAUCAACCCAAGAAAUUUGUCGCUGCACCACCACCAAAAGUCAACGCUUGGAAGAUAUCCAAACAGCCAUCAUCCAGUCCAAAAACGGCAUCUUCGCCUCUUGACAAGCGAGUAUUGCAGCCAAAACCACAACCAGCUGCACAGAAAAAGCCUGUUGCUAUAGCAGCACCUGUACCAAAGGCUCCCGAAACCGUUCCACAUGUUGUUGUAAAAGAUAAAAAAAGGAUCAAUCAUAAGGCUAGUGACUUUACAAACGUUGGUGAUUGGCCACUAUUGCUUGGAGGCAAGCCUAAUUUGGGAGGUGAACCAAGGCGUAGUGGACCGAAAAACCGUUCUCAUGAUUCAUUUGGAUCCAAACAAAACGAACAAAUUGCUGCUCCUGGGCAAACUUCAGCAGGACCACAAAAUGAAGCCAAAACCGAAGCACAUGAAAAGAUCACACCCAGUUCUAGCAGCAAAGUUGCAGCAGCUGCACCACCUGCGGCUUCAGGAGUUCCGGCAGUUGCGGCAGCUUCUCUGACCACAUCACCAAAUGCUGGCACUGCUGCCGUGAAACAACCACAAAGUAAUGUAAAUAGCACUCAACAGCAAGCAUCAUCUAGCUCGGGCAGCGGCAGUGUUGCUGCUGGUGCUGGAACUGCAUCGAAUGCUAACGCACCACCGAAUGGGGUCAACAAGAAGAUCCCCAAACACAAAUGGCGUCCGCUGCAAAUCGAUGUUGCCAAAUCAACACGCAACAAGCCAAUUCGCAGUCGCCGACCACCACCACGUGUUAGCGAAGGUGAACAGCGUGGUGAUAGCGAAAGUACCUACGAUCGAUCAUCUCGACCACGCCGCUUUAGGGCAACCAGCUAUAGAGGUCGUCCUCGCGGGGGCUAUAACAGACAAGGCCCCGGUAGAACAGGUAAUCGACUGCCACGUCAUUUGAUUGCAAAUGGAGAAUAUGUUAAUUACUUAGCUGUCGACACAGAGCAUCCGUUCGUUUUAAUGGGAACUCAUUAUUAUAGUGCUGUACCAGCAGCAGCUUAUAUUGAAAUGGACGCGGAGACGGUCAAGAAGGCAAUUCGCAAACAAGUUGAAUACUACUUUAGCGAAACAAAUCUAACUGGCGAUUUCUUCUUGCGUCGCAAAAUGGAUAACGAAGGUUAUAUCCCAAUUGCUCUGAUUGCCUCGUUCCAUCGAAUUCUGGCAUUGACAGCUGACGUUGCUUUGGUUAUAGCUGCAAUCAAAGAAUCUGACAAAUUAGACAUGUUGGAAAAUUAUAAAGUUCGUACAAAGGUUAACCCAACAGCGUGGCCAAUCCAUGAUUUGCUUGAAAAUGCUGUUGGCGAAGAGACUACAAAUAAGGAUGAUACAGCCGUUACAGUGGCGGCGAACGCAGCUACCCAACUGCCGACUGAUUCUGUUAAAAGUGAAGAUGCUUCGACCACAGCUGCUACCCCAACAGCAAGCGAUGUAUCAGGUGUUGAUCAAUUGAAUGCUUAUGCUGCUCCUAUUUUAACUUCAGAAAUGGCCACCAAACCCUUGGCCAAUAUCCCACCACCGCCAGUGCCUAGAAACUCUCAAAGAUCGCUACCGCCAUCAGAAACAGAAGGUAACACAAAUCAAGUUCCUGCCUCACGUAGCCCCCCUUCAGCCAAUGCAAUAAGUGCACUAACACAAAAAGUCGAACGCCGAGUGAAUGAAAGCACUCUUGUCGAUCAUCUCAAAGGACUCGCCGAAUGCGUUAAGACACAAAAUGACCCGACUGCCGCCAUAAAACCGAACUCUGCUAGUCCAUCACCAACUAAAAACAACAGCAACAACAACAGUAAACUACCAGCCGCAUCUACUCCCAAAGCGAACAAGGAAGGAGCGAAAGGAAAGAAAGACCAAAAGGAUAGAGAAGAUAGCGCAACGACGACCAACGCUGAUGACACCGAAGACGGUGUGCCGAGCUUAUGGAAAGAGGUAAAGAGACGCUCAAAAAAUGCAAUUACUAAAGACCAUACUAAACAAACAACGACGCCCUUCUCACAAUCAGGAGCAGCAGCCGCGGCCGCACUACCAAUAGCCAAUAAGCCAGCAGUAGAAAAAGAAGAACUAGAUUUCCAAUUCGAUGAAGAGCUCGACGCUAUCCCCACUAGUGGCCGCGUCAAUAAUUUCACAGAGAACUUCUCUGACGACGAAUCUGAUUAUGAAUUCGCCGACCGCGACAUCAAUAAACUGUUGAUUGUAUCACAGGUUUCACGUCCGCAAAAACACGAAGGCUACGACCGUACAGCUGACUAUACAUCUCGCACAAAAAUCACCCAAGAUCUUGAAAAUGUCAUUAACGAUGGUUUGGUUAACUACGAGGAGGAUUUGUGGACGGUUACGAAUAAGUCCUCUGAUUAUCGCACCGUGAACGUGAUUUCGCAGGAGGACUUUGAAAAAAUGGCCGGAAAAACGGUUAUGAGAAAACCCUCGCAACAAAUUCCUCCUCCACCACCGCCACCGACUUACAUCGAUGACUUGGACAAUACACUAGACAAUACACUUACACAUGACUCCACAUUAAAUUCCACUUUAAAAUCUAGCAGACGCGCGCGUUUCUACGCUGCACCAAAUAGCCACUCCAUCGACCCGCGUACGCCGCGUAAGCGCAAAACCCGUCACUCAUCGAAUCCUCCGGUGGAGGCUCACGUUGGUUGGGUGAUGGACUUUGUCGAACAUCGUCCGCGUACUUCGUCGAUGGGCAGUUCGGCAGGCACUAGUCCAACGGCGUCCAGUUAUGGUUCGUCGGUGCCACAAAGCUUGCCGGUCUUCCAACAUCCGUCGCAUUCUUUGUUGAAGGAAAACAACUUCACCCAACAGGCUUAUCACAAAUAUCGUAGUAGGUGUUUAAAGGAGCGGCGUCGUUUGGGUUAUGGUCAGUCGCAGGAAAUGAAUACACUUUACAGAUUUUGGUCGUUCUUCUUGAGGGAAAACUUCAACAAGACAAUGUACAACGAGUUCAGGCAAUUGGCUUGUGAAGAUGCUAUGAAUGGAUUCCGUUAUGGUUUGGAAUGCUUGUUCCGAUUCUUUUCGUAUGGUUUGGAAAAGAAAUUCCGUCCGAAUGUUUAUGAUGACUUCCAGGACGAGACAAUUGCCGAUUAUGAAAAAGGACAAUUGUAUGGCCUGGAAAAAUUUUGGGCGUUCUUGAAAUAUUACAAAAAUGGCGAAAAGCUUGAAGUCCAACCAAAACUUACCGAAUACCUGAAAAAAUUCAAGACUAUUGAAGAUUUUCGUGUAGUUGCGUCUGAAAUUGAUGAAAUGUUGCAGGGUGUGGGACAUCUUAAUAGUCGUGCUGCAUUGCAACGUCAUCGUAGUAUUUCGGAAAGUGAGGGCGUCGCAGGUGCAGGCAAACGUCCCAACACAACAAUCUCGAAUCGUAGUGACUAUGUGGGACAUCAGCUUCUGGCACAACAGCAAGUUCACUCGCAGCAACAACAUCUUCAGCAACAGCAACAGAACAACUACAACAAUCGUCGUCGCACUGGAUCCUUUGGCAGUGGUCGUGUUCGUAGUGGCUCUUUGGGCAACAAACCCCAAGUGGCCAAUCGUAACUAUCACUACGGAUCGCCAAGUGAGGCAACUCUUCGCCGUAGCGGUGGCAAUUCUGGCAGUAGUUCAAGCAUUGGGCCAUCUUCAAGCAACAGAUAUCGAAACUUUCAAACACAUCAGCAUCAAAAAUCCAAACAAGUACAAAGAACCAGGGUAGCUCAGGCUCCAUCAACAACAGCACCAGCUUCAGCAGCAGCACCGACAGCUGACGGAGCCACAAAGCCGCCUAACUCAAACGAAAACAAAACACCGAACCAGCCUCAGUCAACAGUCAAAACCUCGGAGAAUAAAAAAGCUGUAGCAUUGUCGUCAGAGAAAUAAAGUAAUCAUUUUUUUAAUUAAAAAUAUAUUUUUAUACUGAAAACAAAAAUAAAAAUAAAUUAAUAUUCCCCACAUUUCAUAAGCUUAAUCAAUAAAACUAAAAAUGAAAGAAAGAAGUAUACUUUUUUGGUGCCAAGAGACACAACAAAACUCAAGACUUUUAAAGAAAUAAUAAUAAAUACCUUAAACAAAUCUAAGAGCUCUCUUCGAAAACAGUGAAAUAUAUUGGAAUAUAAACGAAUAUAAACGAAACGAAGUUAAAACAAAAAAAAAAAGAAUAUAUAAAAAUACAAAAUUAUUCAAGUCAAACACAAAAAUUAUAUAAAUAUAUAAAAAUAAGAGAAAAAUCUUCCUUAAUUAAUUUUUAAGCAUUUAAGCAAUGAAUGGCGUUCGAACAGAUUUAUUUUGUUUAUGCUGUUACUAAUAAUUUUAUAAAUUUUGCUUUUAGUAUUGUUGUUAACAUUUUUUUUCUUGUUUUACACACACUUACAUAUUAAAUACAACUUUUUUUUUUGAAGAUUACCACCAAACGGAAACUAUGACUAUUUUCUAAGAUUUUUUAUUAUUAAUUUUUUUCUCUCACUUCCUUUUUCUUCCUCGAUUUCUUAAAUUUUUUUUAUUAACUAUCUAUUAUUUUGAAUUAUAAAUAUUUUGUUUAAAAUAAAUACAAAAAAAAGCAAUAAAAAGUAAAAAAAAAUAUAUACAUAUAAAGUACAUAUAUAAUAUAUAUUUAGAAAUACAAACAAAAUAAUAUUAUCUAUGAAACUAUUAAGCAAAAAUCAUGUUGAUCUUCUUAUUUAUUCGCUUGCUUUUCGUAAACGAAUACAAAACAAAACAAAAAAUACACAAAAACAAAACAUAAUGGAAACGAAAAAAAAAAUUACAAAAAACAAAUAAAAAUAAAAAUAACACACGCUAUACAAUAAAAAAUAGUUAUUAUAUUACAUUAUAUAAUAUUCUACAAUAUACUAAAGAAAUCUAAUCGAGUUCUAAAUUAAAGCUCAAUUGUGUAAAUAAUUAAUUUUUCUUUGUAGAUUAUUCAUGAUAAUAAUAAAAAAAAGUGAAUUAAAAACAAAAAAAAAACAAACAAAAAAAAACAUUAGUUAAAGAAAAUGAAAAAAAAAAAAUAAACAAUUAAAUUUAAUUAUUACAAAAUACUAUUACAUAUUAUUAUUAUAAUGAAUUAAGGGAUGAUGAUUUUUAUUAAGUACUAUAACUGUAUAAUUCUGAUUUUUAUUUAAUAAGUUACUUUAAAAGUGAUAGCGAAAAAAAUCUAAAAAAAAAAAUGUUAGAAACUAUAUAGAAGAAAAGAGAAAAAAAAAUAAUAAACAAGUUUCCAAAACUGA